AUGCCGAGCCUUAAACACAAAUCGGGCACGUUCCGCAGAUGUGAAAUUAUGGAAUUCGCCAAUAUUAGAUUUCGAGAAGCUCUUAUCUGCCAAGCUGGAUUGUGUCCAAUAUCCCUGCCCCAAAAUGUCCCGUGGUAUUCGCCAUGCAAAUCGUUCCGUGGUACUUCCCUGUUUACCCAUCAAGUACACUAUGGAAUCGAGAAACCAUCCAAAUCGAUGCCAUUUGCUCGUCUCAAGCAUGGGAUUGUUAGUCUCACAGCUAUACUAAUCAAAGAUCCAUUCCUGAAGUUCCAUGSAGAUAAAUGGCGGGGGCUCGCUGUGUUUAACGAAGCAGCGAGAUCUUCGUACAUGUUGUCGAAAGUCUUUGCUCCAACAAUUCCGACCAUGAAUGAGUUCUCGAUUAUUGCAGAGCAUUUUAAAAGAAAACCGAAGCUUCUUUUACAUGGCUACGCAAAGAUACCAUCAGAUCAAGAGCCAUUUGACAAAUCCAAGACUGAUUGGUUGUCAGAUCAACAUUUUGCUGAACAAAGACUGGCUGGAACCAAUCCAUUGAAUCUAAAUAAGAUAACUUUCUCUGGUGAAGUGGGAGUAAACUGGAAUGAAUUGAAAUCAACAUUGAACGAAAAGUUUGAAUGGGAGAGCGUUGUCUCAAAAGCAUUGAAUGGAAUGCUCUUUGACACGGCCAUCAAAGAAGGACACCUUUAUGUCCUACACCACCCUUAUGGCGAUGACUUGAUGACGAUGGCCGAUGAGGUAGACAAGGAUCCUGAAAGAAAGAUGUGGAAAUUCAUGUCUCCGAUUGCUCUCUUUGCAUCCGUACCAUCCAAGAAUUCUUCCUCUGAGGCAAGACUGCUGCCUGUUGCAAUUCAAGUGGACCAUAAACAGAGUUCUCCUGUCUAUACCCCAAACGACGGUGACUUGUGGACCUUAGCCAAACUCAAUGUUCAGCUCACAGACUUUGAGGUCAGCCAGAUUGUAGAACAUCUUAGCAAAGUUCACUUCAUAGCCGAAGGAUUGUGUGUAAGUGUGGAGAGACAGUUAUCUUAUCAGCACCCACUCUACGUCAUCAUGAGGUACCACUGCCGAGGAGUGCUCGUGGCCAACACAUAUGGUGGACCAGUUCUG